AUCGCCGCGGCCGACGCGGCCGCCUCGGGUCCUGGGCCGCGAUGAGCUGCACGAUCGAGAAGAUCCUGACGGACGCCAAGACGCUGCUGGACCGGCUGCGGGAGCACGAUGCGGCCGCCGAGUCGCUGGUGGACCAGUCGGCCGCGCUGCACCGGCGGGUGGCCGCGAUGCGGGAGGCGGGGACGGCGCUCCCCGAGCAGUAUCAAGAAGAGGCAUCCGACGUGAAGGAAAUGUCCAAAUAUAAACCUCACAUUUUGCUGUCUCAAGAGAAUACACAGAUUAGAGACUUGCAACAGGAAAACAAAGAGCUGUGGGUCUCCUUGGAGGAACACCAGGACGCUUUAGAACUCAUCAUGAGCAAGUACCGGAAACAGAUGCUGCAGUUCAUGGUGGCUAGAAAAGCGGUAGAUGCCGAACCAGUUCUGAAAGCUCACCAGACACACUCUGCAGAAAUUGAAAGUCAGAUUGACAGAAUCUGUGAAAUGGGAGAAGUGAUGAGGAAAGCAGUUCAGGUGGAUGAUAACCAGUUUUGUAAGAUUCAGGAAAAACUAGCCCAGUUAGAGCUUGAAAAUAAGGAACUUCGCGAAUUAUUGUCCAUCAGCAGUGAGUCUCUUCAGGUCCAAAAGGAAAAUUCUGUGGAUUCGGCUUCUCAGCCCAUCAAAUAACUUACAAAUGAUGGCUGAGGAACAUCUGUCACGGAAAGAAGUCGUUGUCUUUCCGUCCAAGUGUGGUCCAUUCAGUGUCUGUUUAAAGUGGUUAGGUGCCAGUUUAGAACUUGCACUCGGUGUUGGUUGUCUACAAAACAGUUAAGUGAAUUAGUAAAAAUAUUCAAGUCUCAUUGUUCCUCUAAGAGACUACUUUUAAUUUUUAUUUCUGGGAACCUCAAUUUUAUACAAACUGUGUUUACAGUUCAUUUUUAUUUUUCACAUCUCUGAAACUUUGAGCAUUUUUAUUAUGAACCAGUAAUUUCAUUUUACAUAGGAUUGUGGAAUAUGCUUCUAAAAUUUUUUAAGAGAUUUAACUUUUUAAAUCUAUUUGCCAUCAACAAUUUCUUGUUUUCAUUUGCAAAAGCAAUGUGAUUUCACAGAACCAGAUUGGCAGAUUAUCUGAUUUAAAUUGUCCUUCAUCCGUGGAGUUUUGAUUCUCUCUGGUGCUAGGAGUUGGCACUUGGUGGUCAGGUGUCUUUACUCUCAAUUUGAGAGAACCUACUGCUAGUCCCCAGGAAAUAUACUUGAAAGCUAGUCAACUGGGUUUUUGUUUGUUUCCUCCUUCCAGGAGUAGUACCAUCAUUGAAAGAAUGCUGAGGAACUUGCCCUGUGGAUGCACAUUCAUACAUGUGCGCUUAGUUUGAAUGUCAGAAGUAAGCUCUAUUUAGAGAUUAGUUCAUUUUCAAUUUUGUCCUGCUGGAAAGUCUUCAGCCUAGGUAGUUUAGUGACAAAUAUAGCCUAGACUUACCUGCAUCCUAGUUCAUAGGCACUCGAUCCCACUGUUCACUAUGUACAUAACUGAUAAUGAAAAAGUGCCACUUGCUUGGGCAUUUCACUGCCAGCACUGGUAGCUAACGUUUUUAUAUCUGGGGUUUCUUUUAAUGUGGAAGCACUUUAUUACCCAAGGAGAGUUAUUACACUCAUCAUGGUGUGCAGACAGUAGCAAGAUGACAUUGAGCUUCAGGUGCUGGGCAGUCUAUGGGAUUCAGUCAUCAGCUCCAUCCCCUAUCUCAGUGUGCUCAUAUUUCAGAUUUAUAAAUACUUCUUGUUGCAGUGUUUGUCCCGAAUCAGUUGAAAUAAUGAAUUCUAAACCUGUUAAUAUUUACCAGUAAUAUAAAGUACUAUACUGUGUGGGAACAGCACUGUAUUAAAAAGAGCUAUGUGUUGGUGUUUUAUAUGAUUUAAAGUUUCUUUUGUAUGCCUCAAAGAACUAAUCCAGGUAAAACAAUAAAAUUUCUCCAGGAUGUCCUAAACCCAUCUGA